CUAUCGGGAAUGACCCAAUGAAUCACAUAAUAAAAGAAGGGGACCGGAGAAUUUAAAUUUUUCCAAAAACAUCGAAAUCGACAUGGUUCCUGGUCUCACAUCCUUUCUCAAAUGCAUGCUCAGACGGUAUUCCCGAGUGCUUCCGCCCUCUUUUUCACAUCCAAAUACAGCAGCGGCACAGAAUAAAAUAACAGGAAUACUUCGUACUACUCGUACCCAACAGCAACACGGCUUCUGUUCGAUAGUAUCCAUUCGUUCCUAUUCCCACCGCCUGAACAUCCAGAUGCCAAUCCUCACAAAGCGAACACGAAGAGGUGUCUUUGCGGUUACCAAUGCGAUGGUGCUACUAGUAGCCGUGGUGGCACAGGCCAUUGUCGCUGUAGGUGGGUCUUCUGUGAUGAAGCGAACGCAUUCUCAUUCCAGCGCAGAUCUCCACGUGACGACGAUAAAAUCCUCUUCCUCGGCCCGAAGCACUGGAGACAGACGGAGUCGCAGCAACAGCAAUCAGAAUGGAAAGGGCAAUAGAUCCCCAAGGGCAUCAGUUGUAAACCAGGGCCAGAUGGUUUCUAGGGUAGAUAAGAAGGAGGCAGAGCCCCUAUCGGAGGGCGUCUACACAGACAAGCCCGUUCUGAGGGGAAAAUUCCACAAGUGGGGGGCCAUCGUGUACCCCCCGCUUCUGGGGGUCCCCCUGCACCUCCGGGCCCUCGCCGCAGCAGCUACGACUCCGCCGUCCGCCGCCACUUCCACGGAGGCCUUCCGGCCGGAUCUGAUCCGCGCCAGCAUCCUCUUCAGCUUUGCCGUCGAGUCCAUCAUGGUUGUCUCGGCAACCCUCCACCGGUACCCCUGGAAGACCCAGAGGUGGCACCAGAUCGCCCGCAAGGCCGACUUCACGGCCAUCUUUGUCGGCAUUGCCUCCCUCUAUUCCUCUAUGGGCCACCUGCUGAUGGGCCACCACCCGACCUACAGCGGCGUCAUCGAGCCGCUCGUCUGGGCCUGCGCGCUGGUAGGAUCGCUGACCAAGUGGUUUGUCCCGGACGCGCCGCAGUGGGUCAACGCGAGCGUCUUUCUCGUCCAGGGGUGGGCGGUCUUUCCGUGUAUCCCGAUGCUGGUGUCAUCCUCGUCGACCUGCGAGGCCAUUGGGUUGGUCGGGGGCGGCAUCUUUGUGACCCUCGGGGCGAUCGCCUACAGCCUGCAGUGGCCAAGGAACACGGCCAACAAGGCACAGAGGGAGAUUGUAUUCGGUCCGCACGAAGUCUUUCACGUAGGCACCCUCUUUAUGGUCGCUUCCUUUUGGUUCACCAUGUGGAACAAGAUCUCCUCGUCGGUGACGGGAUCGGUCUAGGCCAAUGCCCAAACCUUAAGGCAUAAAUUGUACAAACGCGAGCGGCAAUUCACCAGAAACAAGAAAGUGAUGUGUGUGAGCCCCCUUGAUGGAGAAAUUUGAGAAUGCCUCCUGCGAAAAGAAAGAGUAACAAAAUUGUCUCCUUUCAAACAAAAUGAACAAUGCACUACUAGACAAAAAAAAUGAUACAUAUAACCACGUAAAAUAGAUACAGGCGUGUUUUGUUUUGUGUCCGUAGAGAUAUCUCGGAAAAGUGUGAUUUGAAUCGACGGUACACUAUCUAUGAAAAGUCCCAAUCAAACGAACAACCAAUUCUCAAGGAGCAUCCAAUCUAUGAUUUCGUUCCGGAUAUCUUUGCACUCACGGCAUAUUUUUUUGGAUUUUUUUAUGAUUCCAUAUGGUGUUGGAUACCUGUGAAGCUCAAUCAAAAAGAAAUGAAAUGCAAGGAUCACAUGAUUUUUUUGAAAACAUGAUCGAGUUCUUGAACUUCGCAGUUGUAGUUUGUACAUACAGAGGUGAUUGCAGAACCAAAAAAUUGAAUUAUAGUGA